GCAAUAUUUUGGGACAGCAAAUUUCAAUCUGAUCACCAACUCACUGCAUCAAAAAGGCUCCGAGCUUAUCGUGCCAACCUUUGCAGUGUUCAGCACGAUCGCCAGCGUCUGUCAUAUCACCGCAGCAGACCUGAACGACUUGAAUUAUGUGGAUGGUUCGAUCGCUCCCAAUCAAGUGUUCUUCCACUUGCAUCUUUGCUCCUUGCAAGCGUCGAGCUGUCCUUUUGACGUACAUCGCAAGCAUCUCGGAUUUCCCCCCGCCAUUCGAUGUUUGCAUGGCGAUGUCAUUAUCAUUAUCGAAUAAGCACGACCGCAGUGAUGUACACUUUCUGAAAGCUCAACAAUUCUGCGUGAUAGUACGUGUGGGUGUGAUGGAAAACCUAGAGCGAUAGAGUCGUCAAAGAAUACCAUCUUCGAGGACGGGCGCGGGCC